ACCUGCAAACAUGUCUUUUGUGGACACUCUGCGCCAGUGGGAUGAGGCUGUAACAUGCGUUGACAGACAGGAUUUCUCCCAAGCACUCAGGAUUUUCUUGGCUAUCCAAGAACCAAACUCCAAAAUUUUUUUUGACAUUGGCUGUCUCCACCUUCUUAACCAAGACCUUGAUGCUGCUGAAAAGGCAUUUGAUGGCAGCAUACGCAAAGAUGAACAUUUGGCCAUUGCCUUCUUUCAAAGAGGAAUCACCUUUUACAAAAAGAAGAGGUAUGAGGAGAGUUUAGCUGAUUUCCAGAGAGCCUUCAAAGCACUCAGGGGCAACCAGCUGAUAGAUUACAAAGCGCUUGGUCUCAGAUACAUACUAUAUGCUUGUGAUGUUCUCCACAAUAUGGCCUUGGUUGACGCUCAUCUGGGUAACUGGGAAAAGGCCCAGGGACACCUUAUGAGGGCUCUCGACUACAAGACAGAGGCCAAGUUUAAUAUCAUCGACAAUGCUCUGCAUUCAGUCCUAAAACAGAAACUUUUCAAACUGGUCGAGUUCCCAUCAAAAAUGCUGUUCAAACCAAAUAAGCACUAUGUUGCAGAGCUGGAGAAGAAGGACUACCUGGGCAAAGCAAAGGUUGUUGCCUCUGUUGUUCCUCAAGAUGAGUUCUCUGGAUUUGCCCCAUUACAGCCACAGGUGAAAGAUGGUCCAACUUCUCCAAAAGAACCAGAGGUUCUGAGGGCUUUGGAAGGAGAACCGCACACUGUGCUGUUUGAGUUUGUUCCUGAGACCAGUGAUGAGCUGGCUGUAGUGCCGGGCAAUAUUGUGUUUGUGCUGCAGAAGGGUGCUGACAACUGGGCAUACGUGGUCUUCAAUGAAAGACGGGGACUCGUUCCUUACAAUUAUCUGGAACGUUUGGAAAUCUCGUUGGCUUCUAAAAAAAACAAGGGAAUAACGCCACCUCCAAGCCGAGAACCACCCACCAGACCUGAAAGGAUACAAGGUCUUACUCCAAGUGAAACAAGCAGUGGAAACCGUCAGCGUAAGUCUCCAGACAAUUCCUGUAUCGUCAAAGUGCACUUCGUAUUCAACUUUGUCGUCUCAGUACCGCGUGGGUCACCCUACGUGAUACUGAUUGAGAAAAUCAGCAAGAAGCUGAAUCUCCCUUCUACUGCGUUCACCUUGAGUUUAACCUCUGAGGCAAGUGGACAAAGUGUACUCAAUGCCAACACAGACACUGAAAAGCUGUGGAGCCGUGCCAGCGGUGGGCGCAUCACCUUGUGGUGUAACGCCAAGGAGCAAACCGAUGGAAAACCUCAGGAGGAGGAGAUUCAGCUGGUGGCACUUCACUCCUAUGAGUCAUCAAAUCCAGAGGAUCUAAAUUUUCAGCAAGGGGAUAAAAUCACACUUCUCUCUAGAGUUAACCAAGACUGGCUGGAAGGGCAGUGCAAUGGGAAUACUGGUAUAUUCCCUGCAUCCUUCGUGGAAGAAGCUCCCGGGAAUGGCCAGUGAUUUAUGUAAAUGUGAGAAAGGCCAGGUACUAAUCUGUUAUAAAAGCUGAAAACACUGAUCAACAAGUUUUCAAAAGUUGUCCAGAAAAUCGGCCAUUUCUUAUGGAUUUUGAUGUACUGAAUCCAAAUAUGACAAAACAGCUGAUUAUAUUUAACAUUUCCCACUUAUGUCCAUUAUUUACAUGAGUUUUAAAUCAUAAAUUGUAAGGUUAUCUCUUCUCAUUUGUUUAUAUUGCUUCAUAUGAUAUUUCUUGCAUGUGUGUGUGGGAUGUUGCGACAUGGAGAACCAUCAGUUUCAUCAGUUCCCCAGAAUUUUAUGACAUGUACAAUGCUGAGCAAAAGUCUUGAACCACCCCCACAUUUCUUUGGAUUUUGCGUCCAAGGAGCCAGACUUCAUUGUAUUUUUUUUUUUAAGUGCUCUUGCGCAAUAGUUCUUCAGGCUUUCUUAAGACCUUUCAAAGUUUGUUUAGGACAAAAGCAUGAUAAUCACCCCAAACACAGCCAAUGCAGUUAAAGCAUGGAAAGAAAAACACUAUCAGUCAUUGAUUGGCCUCCCCAGACACUGGACUUCAACAUUAUUGAAGCUGUGUGGGAUCAUCAUGACAGAACAGAACAAAAGGCAGCCAACAUCCAAAGACUUGUUAAAAUUAUACAAACUCUGUUUUUUGCCGUACAUACUGCAUUUCCAUGCAUGUUUCAGUUAAUAACUGCACUUCUUUGCCAUGUUCCUAGCUAAAUAUAAAGAAAUGAAAUAUACAGUACUGUGCAAUACUUUUGCACAAAAGGUAUUUUUUUAUUUAUCAAUGUAGGGCACCAACACAGGAAAUGCAAAGGUUGCAUGCAGUUCACUGGUGCAGGCUCUAUGAGUCACAGUACGUUCUCCAGCAUAUUGUUAGAAAAAGAAAAAUAUGACUUGGAUACUUUAAUAUGCUCAGUGAACUAUUUAACUUUACUCUGCUGCAUUAUAGAUUUCCUGCUGCUACAAAGGCGAUAUCCAAGGUCAGUGUAUAGGUCAAAAGGUCAAAUAGAGAUAAUAAGAUUUGAAAAGUGUAUUUCAUACUUGAUAGAUUUCCAUACAAGCCAAUUUCAUCCAAAUUGGAUGAAAAAUUUAGGAAGAGUGGCCGUUUGGAACCUACCCCCAUUCAGGAUCUAUUUUCCAACAUUUAAAAAGUCAUUUUUAGUUUAGUCAUUUCUGGUUUCAACUAAGAAGUUUUGGUCUAUCAUGAUGUCAUAACCGAUUGAAACCAAUGAAUCAUUGAUUGCUGUAAUUUAAAUAAAGACUAC